AUGAGUCCGAACGUCAUGUACGCCGGACAACCCUUGCCUUACUCCUACGCGUCGAAUGCACCACCAGGGUACGUCUCGUCGCCGGAGGCACGUCGCGCCCUUGAAGAUGAAAAGGAAAAACACACUCCAAGGCAAUCCCUCCCAUCAAUCCACGAGGCCCUCGGAAAUGACAAUCCUCUCCCAUACCCUGCAUCUACCUCCGCUCCACCACCACAAUCCGCACACCCUGCGCCGCCUUCACAUCUCGUCGGACGACCGAGCGCAGAAGGCCCAGCUGGACCACCCAAUCCCUUUUCGAAUGGACCAACGGGACCCUUAAUGCGGGAACCCGGUUACCCUCAUCAACCUCAGUUGCAGGAUACAUCGCGCUCCAGUCUCGCCUCCGUCAACACGCAAGAUUCGCGCAACCCUUCACUACACUCCCUCAGCACCGGCAAAUCCCCUACACAGAGCGCCAAGACAGGAAUCACGUCGGUUGGAUCGCAAAAUUCAUCCGGGUAUGAGUACAGUGCGCCAACCUCCGCCGGUAGCGUGGCUUCGCCUAAUGGUUACGGCCAUUUCUCUCCAAAUUACACCUUCCAAUCUCAGUCCGGUGGCCACUCAUACCCUCCUCCUUACGACAAUCGUCCCUACAUGGGUGCACCACGUGUGGAAGAAGUCAAGGGUGGGUUUGCGGGUCGACCAGGUCCUCCCCAUAGCGACUCUGGAAAGCGCCAUCUUGAUGUCUAUGAUGUGGAGACAUCUUUGAAUGAGAUCGCCGAGUUAAGUACGCGAACCCUAGACUUUUCACGGCACUACGCGGCUCGUGCACAUCAGACACAGCGUUCUGGCCCGCUAUUAGGGUCCCUCCCUUCGCUAAACGAAGUGGAGGACAUGCUCCAUAUGCAGCGUCGGAACCAAGAUGCCCUCAUUCGGAUACGCUCGGCCGUGGUGAACCAAGAACAGGCUCUCGCUGAACAGAUGGCGCAGCGGAAGGCGUUCAAGACCGAAGAUGACCACAUGGCGAUGUACCAAGAAGAGUUCAAAGGCACGGGCGGUUUUGCAGGCGCAGACCCAAAGAAACGGCGGGGAAAGGCGGCCCCUCCUGGUCGUUGCCACAGCUGUAACCGAGCCGAAACACCAGAAUGGCGUCGGGGUCCAGAUGGUGCCCGGACGUUGUGUAACGCCUGCGGUCUACAUUACGCCAAGCUGACUCGCAAGAUGGGCGCACACAAGGCGGUAAGCAUGGGUUCAAAUCUGAAGCCCAAGUCGGUUCUCGGCUCCGCCUCACCAACCAGUCAUUAA